AUGGACAGGCAGAUGGUCUCCACGUUCAUGGAAGUCACGUCCUGCGAGUCGCAGGCGUACGCCGUGCAGCACCUCGGUUCGUGCCGCUGGAACCUCGACGAGGCGAUCAAUCUCUACUUCAGCACUGGCGGUGGCGCCGACCCGUCAGGUGCACCCGCUCCGAUCUUACCCGAGGAGGAGGUGGUGAUGGAGGAGGACAACGACGACGACUACGGCGUUGGCGUCGGCGGCGAGAACGGCGAUGGCACUGGCAGUACUGUCCAGGACGACCCCUCCUUCGGGGAGGCGCCGUAUCCAGCGCCGGUGCGGGUCGAAGCGACCGGGUGGGGAAACGCGGAACCCGGCGAGCGCGAGAUUGAGCCGACCGGGUGGGGUGAAGCGGAGCCCGGCGAUGGCGGAGAGGAAAACGUCUACGGCGGCCAGGUGCCGGACGACGCGGAGCGAGAAGAUGGCUGCAACAACGAGGACGAGGGCGGCGGCAGCAACGAAGACGACAACGAUCAGCACAGCAACAUGAGCUACAGUGACAACGAGAUGAACGACGACGACGACUACUGGACCGGCAUGGACGAAGACGACUCCUACUACGACGCCUCUCUUGCGGAGGACGACGGCGCGGAGGGCGGCGGGGAGCCGCCGCGGCGGCAGCCGCAGAGCUCGCUGGCGGAGAUGUACCAGCUCCCGUUCGACCUCAUGUGCGGCGGGUCCUUCCACGACGCCAAGGUUCGCGCGGCAAGGGAGGACCAGUUCCUGCUCGUCAACCUCCAGACCCGCAGCGGCGCCGGCGACUUCCAGUCGCAGCUGCACAACCGCGACCUGUGGUCGGACGAGCGGGUCAAGAACGUGGUCAGGGGCGGCUUCGUCUUCUUCCUGGUCCAGAAGAGGAGCAGCUACCUGCACCAGGAUGAGUGCGCCAAGGUGUCCUCGUUCUACAAGCUCGAAGACGACCAGCUGCCCGCCGUGCUCGUCCUGGACCCCAUCACGGGGCAGCUGCUGGGCAGGCGGAGCGGCGCCAUGACGCCGGACGAGUUCAUCGAGUACGUUGACGGGUACACGAAAUCGAAGCCGAGCACCAUGUCCAUGCCCAAGUUCGUCAAGAGAACCUUCGCGCCUACUGAGAUCUCUGCACCUGCCGCUGCGGCCGUCGAACAAGAGCCGGCAGCGCCUGAGAUCUCUGCACCUGCUGGCGCCAGCUGCAGCGAGGAAGAACCACCUGCACCGGUGGCGGAGACCGAGGCGCCCGCCGAGAUGGCCGCCGCCGACGACGACGAGCCGAUGGAAGGCGAGAAGAUGUGCAAGCUGAGGAUCCGGCUCCCCGACGGCACCACCGUCGCCAAGGAGUUCGGGUGCAGGCGGAGGGUGGCGUCGCUCUUCGCGUUCUGCAGGUCGGCCGUGCACGGGCGCGGCGGCGGAGGGGAGGCGGCGGCGGAGCAGCAGAGGGCGUUCCGGAUCAUGAGGUUCGCCCGCGGCGGCUUCGAGGCGGUGCAGGGCGGUGGCGGCGUGACGUUUGAAGAUCUGCGGCUGAACAAUGCGGCCGUGUCGGUUGUUUUCGAUGCGUAG